AUGUCAUCGUCCUCUAGGGUGUGCUACAGUUACUCACAGACCGCUAGUUGUCGAUUCGGCUCCCAGUGCAGGUUUGCACAUGACGAAGAGUUCGAAGUCACCAAUGAUCGCUCCCAAACAUAUACGCAGACACCUCUAGAUGAUUUUUUUGCAACAUAUCCCAAGUUCACAUACAACUCGUCGGCGUCAGCUCCAUUGGAGUUUUACCGGAUGUGCGACCAGUUUUGCUGGGAUAGGGAAGACGAAGAAAGAGAACAAGCUCACAGUGAUUUCAAGGACGCCCUUGUUAAACAGUUCAACGAGAUAUACGGCACGGAUGUGAAUGAUCUCACUUCAUGGCGCAAUUUGUGUCAGAUCGUCCGUGUCUCACCGAUUCCUGAUACUCUUGAUUUAUGCCGCGAGGCGGUCAAAGCCACUCAUGUCAAUAUUGUUGACUUGAUCGAUACAAAAGUUACCGAGGAGCCAGUGACGAUAUUUUCUUCGGAGGUGGACCUGAGCGAGUAUACUAAAGCGACGGGAAAGUACUUUCCGAGAGAUAAUGCAUAUGCUGGUGGUCUCUUGAGAUACUUGCUCCGCCGUAUCAUGAACCCCAGACAAGAGUACGUGUCUAGUCGGAAGACGCAGAGCAAGCGUAGGCGUCACUAG